AUGUCUAAUAUGCGCGUAGCAGUCGCCGGCACGUGUAGUCUGGCACUCCUGAUCGCUCAGGAGAUCCAAGAGUCGACCAGCCAUCAAGUCAUCAUUCUGUCGAGGAUGAACCAGCCGAUCCUGACAUCGCAAGGGUACCAGUGCCAGGUCGUCAACUACAAAAGUUCAUCGUCUCUGCAGUAUGCACUGAUGGGAGUGGACACUGUCAUUUCCACAGUGACUGGAAGACCUCAGCUCCGGCUCAUCGAAUCGGCUGUACAGUGCCGCGUCCGAAGGUUCGCGCCUGCCGAGUUCGAAGGUCGUCCGGGACUGCAAUCACCGAACAGCAUCCUGGAUCGUGGAAAGAGCGCAGCUCGCAGCCUGCUUCGAGACUAUGCUACAUAUAUGCAGUCAACGACUUUCGUAUGUGGCAUCUUCUACGAACGUUUCGCUGUUGGCGGCCUGCGAGCGCACCAGGUGGGUGCCGAAGUUGCGAAUGGAGAGGGAGACUAUAUCGCAGACCUUCGCAACAUGAGCGCAGUAGCACCCAUCUACGAUGGUGCGAACAACUACUCGUCCUUGUGUCUGACCUCCAUGUACGACGUUGCCAAAUUCGUCGUCAAGUCUCUGGACAUGGCCAGUUGGCCGAGCGAGAUGUCCAUGUGCGGGGAGAGAAUGACCGUCCACGCGCUCAUCAACCUCAUGGGUAUAUGCAGAGGCCGACCACUGAAUCCCGUCGAGUGGCAAAAUCCAUCAGGUCUUCAAUAUCAACUCAGUAUCGCCAACGACAAGACUCAGCAGCAACGCAUCGCGACCCAUCUGGCCACGGCCGAAGGACGGUACGACUUCGCUCCGCCUGCGUACCUCAAUAGCAUGUAUCCAGAGGUCGUGGUCACGGGUCUCCGACACUGGCUUACACAUACCUGGGCUGCUGUGUCCUGA